AUGGACCACUUGGCCAUGAAUAGAAUCCCCUCAUAUCUAGUACCCCUCUCAAUGGUGCACAACAUAUUGACCUCAGCUACCACAACCAUGAUAAAGCCAUUACAGUCACACCUGGCCUAUAUUCUGGGGUCUGCUAUUCCAAUACACAUUGAUGUUAAUCGAGAUGAAGUGGGAUUUUUACUGAUGCUGCCGGUUGUUGAACUGGAGAAUAUCUAUAGGUUGAAAACAGUUCUAAACGUAGGAUUUUGACGCGACAACACUCGUGAAAAUCAUCACACCUCCAGCCGUAGCUUAUCAGGAACACAAUCCAGAUUUCUAUCUCACCCCUAACCUGUUAAUGUGUACUCUAACCAAAGACGUCCACUACUUGAGUCCUAGCAAACCCUUCAUCAGGGAUAACACUGAACGCCUUUGUGGCCUUAAGUCUAUCACCAGCGAAGAACGCUGUAGAGCCAAACAGUUGGUGGAGUCACCACCACGCAAGUGGAAGUGGUAGGAAAUCAAUGGCUGAUUAACACCCCAUUCACGGCCUUCACUUUGACUUACGAAUGCCAUGACUCAACCACCCAACUGAACCUCCCCAAUCAGACAAUUUUUGUUAAGGUACCAGAGGGUGCGAUUAUCCACAUAGACGACCUAGCCUAUACCAACUUCCUGACGACAGGAUAG